AUGUCGGACUGGCAAGGCAAGCAAGCCAGGUGGGGCCAGAGCCCUGGCCGAAACCAGGAGCAUGGCGAGCCCCUGCAUGAGCAACCGGAAGGGCCCAGUCGCGGUCGGAGGUGGCGCCGCAAGCCGCCUUCGCCGGAGCCGCCUCCCGCGGAGCCGGGCGCGCGCGUGGUGUGGCUUCUGGGAAACCGCUGCGUGGAGCUGCUCUUGCCCUCCGGAGAGGUGCGCUGUUCUGCCCUGGCGGCUGACAUCAAGGCUGGCUCCCGCUCGGUGGCCACCUCUGUGCCGGGACGUUUCUAUGUGCUGGAGAACGGAAGCUCGCGGAUCUGGCAGGUGUGGUUUAAUGAUGUCACUGCAUACAUAUGCACGAGGGGAACGGAGGCCAGACGCUUCCGCGCUUCCCUGGGCUCCCGCUUUGUGUCCUGCGGUCCAGAUGGGCAGUGGCUCCUGGUCACGGGCACGCCCCACCACGGGGCCCACAGCCCCUGGCUCUUUGAUCUGGAAACGCAGCGAUGGCGAGCGUUGCCAGCAGCACCUCAUGCCAUACUUUCCUCGGCAGUCGCGGUGCAGCCGGACGGCUUGGAGGUGACGAUCCUGGGAGGAUGGAGCAAGAUGAGCAGUUGCCACGGCCAUGUUCAGAGACUGACGCCACGUCGCCCCGGCGGCUUCUGGGCCGUCCUGGAUGGGCAGCUGCCUUGGCGGCGACCAGGAGCUGGGGCCUUCCUGGAGGACGGGCGCCUGCUCGUCUCUUUGGGAUGGAUGGAAUGCGAGGGUGCGGUCGGAACCCAAAGCUUCCGGCUGCUGCCGCGGAACGGCGCUGCUCAGCGUGCACGCUCGUCAUCCUCGCGGCUGGUGGCGCUGAGUGGCGGGGCGCGUCCUGUGGUGGAGGAGCUGGCGGUGCUGCCACUCGCCGACAGCUUCGAGAACCUCGGGCAGAUUUUCGAUCUGGGCGGCUCCUUGGCCUGCGUGGGCCGAGAUCACGUCCAGGCCUUCGACAUGACCGCUGGAACCUGGCAGCGCUGGCCACUUCCAGCCGAGCUCGCGGUGGACGGCAGCAGCUCCUGGGCCAAGCACUGCGGCUCCUGGGCCGUGGCCCUCGAAGCCGCUGCCACGGCACCCGCGAAGAGUGGCGACACCCUCGGCCCGGCUACAGGCACGGAUCGUCCGCCGCCCGUUGUCGCGGUGCAGGCACCGCGGCUCACGGACGAGGAGCAGAAGCUCGUCGACGAGCUCUUUCGGAAUUGGGAAGGCGCUAACUUCACUGUGUUGCCAUGCCGAAUAAGCCAGCAUGCCAAGUCCGUGAAGGCGGCUUCCACGGCUGCUCUCGAGAUGGAGAGGGAGUACACCGACCUCCACGAGAAGGUCCAGGUACUUAAGGAGGAGCGCGAAGACCUGAUGCAAGGGCCUUGGCUUCUGGCCGGGAUCAACCCGCAGAUUCGGGUCCAAUCAGACCCUGAUUUCUUCCCCAGAUUCCUCAAGAAAGAGAGACCCGAAGUUGCCGGCUCCCAGAGGCGAAAGCAGGAAGGCGCCCAGGGGUCGAUGCAGCUGAUCCGCGAGCAGCAGGACCUUCUGGCGAAGCUCCUGGAGCAGCUGGAGACGCAGCUGGACCUGGGCUCGCCGGGGGACCCGGGAAGAAAGGAGUUGAUGAAAACCACAAAGGCCAAUGCCAAUCAUAGGAUCAUAGCAGCUCGGGGCUAA